UUUCCCCCCUCGCCCCCCUUCAUCUUCUUCUUCCUCCUCCUCCCUCUUUUUCUGCCCCCCCCCCCCCCCCGGCCAACCGUCUCCUUUCCGAGCUAUUUCCGGGUCAAUGCAGGACGCGGCAGCCGUACCGAGAGCCUAACGCGGGGUCCGUGAAUCACCUGGAAAGAUGUUUCUCCUCUGAAAAGAUGAAGGGCUGAGCUGACUCUCCCGAGAUUCAAACCUGUUGACCUAGGGUGUGCUGAUGCAGAGACCAAAUUCAAGGAAGGGACCAUGGAUCAGCCCAGUGGGAGGAGUUUCAUGCAAGUUCUUUGCGAGAAAUACAGUCCCGAAAACUUCCCAUAUCGUCGAGGUCCCGGGAUGGGAGUGCAUGUCCCGGCCACACCUCAGGGUUCACCUAUGAAAGAUCGUCUCAACCUCCCAAGCGUGCUGGUGUUGAACAGCUGCGGAAUAACCUGCGCUGGAGAUGAGAAUGAGAUUGCCGCCUUCUGUGCUCAUGUGUCUGAACUGGAUCUGUCUGACAAUAAACUAGAAGACUGGCACGAGGUCAGUAAAAUUGUGUCAAAUGUUCCCCACCUGGAGUUUCUAAACCUCAGUUCCAACCCUCUGAAUUUGUCGGUUUUAGAAAGGACGUGUGCCGGGUCUUUCGCUGGCGUUCGCAAACUCGUGCUCAACAACAGCAAAGCUUCUUGGGAAACAGUCCACACAAUAUUGCAAGAAUUACCAGACUUGGAGGAGCUCUUUCUGUGCCUUAACGACUAUAAAGCAGUGUCUUGUUCGCCAGUGUGUUGUCACUCACUCAAGUUGCUCCAUAUAACCGACAAUGAUCUCAAAGACUGGCCUGAGAUCAGGAAACUGGGGGUCAUGUUUCCAUCGCUGGACACACUCGUCUUAGCCAACAACUACCUGACAACCAUCGAGGAUUCAGAAGAUACUCUCGGGCGCCUGUUCCCAAACUUGCGAACCAUCAGCCUGCACAAGUCAGGUCUGCAAAGCUGGGAAGACAUCGACAAACUUAAUUCUUUCCCCAAGCUCGAGGAAGUCCGAUUGUUGGGCAUUCCUCUCCUUCAGCCAUACACCAACGAGGAGCGCAGGAAGCUCGUCAUUGCCAGGUUACCUUCAAUCACUAAGCUGAACGGGAGCGUCAUCGCAGAAGGUGAACGGGAGGACUCUGAGAGGUUUUUCAUUCGUUACUACAUGGACUUUCCGCAGGAAGAGGUCCCCUUCAGGAUGAAUUGUCCAUCAUUCCUUCAAACUUGGGUAGCUUUUGCCUUCAUGAUUUUUCGGCAGCAAGCUCACUCCAAGACGAUUUUGUAUCCAUACUGGCAGAACGACACCAAAACCCCAAAAGUGGAUGACGGAAGUUCCCCAGAGAUCAAACUCUCAUUCCCGAUCAUCUUCUUUGGAACCUCGCACAAGACCGUUUUUGUCAACAACAACGGUGUCAUUUCCUUUAACGCUCUGGUCAGCCAGUUCACGCCAGAGUCCUUCCCCCUGAACGACGGGCGGGCAUUCAUUGCCCCAUUUUGGGCGGACGUCCACAACGGGAUCCGAGGAGAAGUCUACUACCGAGAGAGCUCGGAUCCAGCUCUCCUCAGGAAAGUCUCCAGAGAUAUCCGCAAGUAUUUCAAGAACCUGUCGUCGUUCACAGCCGUGUCGGUUUUCGUGGCCACGUGGGAAGAAGUAACCUUCUACGGGGGCAGCAGCACAACACCAGUGAACACCUUUCAGGCUGUCCUGACCAGCGAUGGGACCUCCUCCUUUGCCAUGUUCAACUAUGAAGAAAUCAACUGGACUACAGGGACUGCGAGUGGAGGAGACCCUCUAACUGGUCUUGGUGGUGUGAUGGCUCAGUCAGGCUUCAAUGGUGGAAACAAUACCAACUAUUUUAGCAUUCCUGGUUCCAGAACCACCGAAAUAGUCAACAUUGAAGAAACAACCAAUGUCAACCUGCCUGGCCGUUGGGUCUUCAGAAUUGAUGGGAGAGAAAUUGACCCAGCGAAUGGAUGCAGCGCCCGGGGCCAGUUUCUCCGUCAAGGGGAGAUAUUUUGGGAAAACACCAACUGCUCCACCAAAUGCCGUUGCCUGGAUUUCAACAACGAGAUCUUCUGCCAGGAGAUGCCUUGUGGACCGUAUGAGCUCUGUGAGAUGAAAGACAAGUUCCACCAGUGUGUGCCAGUAGAGAGCAGCACAUGUGUGGUCUUCGGAGACCCCCACUACCAUACAUUCGACGGGUUCCUCUUUCACUUCCAAGGGUCUUGCUCCUACCUUCUUGCCAGGCAGUGCUGGCCGGGAUCCAACCUGCCCUUCUUCAGUGUGGAAGCCAAGAAUGAGAAUCGAGGCAGUUCGGCCGUCUCCUGGCUGAAGGAUGUGGCUGUUGAGGUUUAUUCACACAAGAUAAUCAUCCCCAAAGGCAGCUUUGGGAAAAUAAUGGUGGACGACUUGGUCAUGUCUUUACCUGUUUUCUUGGAGCUGGGGGCAAUCAAAAUCUAUCAGAGCGGUUUAUCGACAGCAGUAGAAACUGACUUUGGCCUUCUGGUGACCUACGAUGGAGAGCAUUACGCUGCUAUUUCCGUUCCGGGUUCAUACAUCAACGGCACCUGCGGGCUCUGCGGGAACUAUAACAAGAAUCCAGAGGACGAUGUGUUGCGCUCAGACGGGAAGUUGGCCACGUCCGUGCUGGAUCUGGGAGACAGCUGGCGCGUCUACCAUCCCGAGUGGAAAUGUUCUUCCGGCUGCUUAGACAACUGCAGCUUUUGCGACACUGUAAUGGAAUCCCUCUAUUUUGGGUCUGACCACUGUGGCUUUAUCAAUAAGACUGGAGGCCCCCUGUGGGAAUGUAGCGCCAUCGUCGACCCGACUGCUUUUGUCCACAGCUGCGUUUAUGACUUGUGCAGCAUCCGAGACAAUGGCACGGGAGGACUCUGCCAAGCCAUUCAAGCUUAUGCCUUGGUCUGCCAAGCUCUGGGGAUCCCCAUUGGAGACUGGAGAGCGCAAACAGGAUGUGCUACCACCGUGCAAUGUCCAGAGUUCAGCCACUACGUGGUGUGCACCAGUAGCUGCCCGGCCACCUGCUCCGACCUCACAGCCCCCCUGACCUGCACGACCCCCUGCACUGAGGGCUGCGAGUGUAACGCAGGCUACAUUCUCAGCACGGACAUUUGCGUCCCCCUCCACCAGUGUGGCUGCGAUGUGGACGGCAGAUAUUACUCUAUCGGGGAGUCGUUUUGGGCCACCGUGGAAUGCACGCUUCAGUGUUGGUGUGAGGAAGGCGGGGAGAUCAGCUGUUUCAACUCCACCUGCCAAGAAGGCGAAGCCUGUGCUGUGGAGAACGGCUACCAAGGAUGCUAUCCCAAGCGGGAGACCUUGUGUCUGGUCUCUCAGGAUCAAGUGCUGCAGACCUUCGAUGGCGCCACCUUCCUUUAUCCCCCGGACAACUCCUAUACGCUGGUCAAGACCUGCCCAGAAAGACCCAACUUCCUGGAAAUUGACGUCAGCAAAAAGAAACCUGAGACAAAUGCUGAUGGGCUACGGGCCUUGAGGAUCCUGGUGGCCAGCCAGGAGGUCAAGAUAGGGGGCAUAGACAACUCUGAAAUCAAGGUCAAUGGAUACAAAACAGAACUGCCAUAUUUUCACCCUUCUGGUCAACUGGAAAUUUACCGGAGCAAAAACGGAACAGUGGUUGAAUCGGAAGGACUUGUAAAUAUCCAGUACUUAGACACAGGGAUAGUGGAAAUCCACCUCUCAACUAUUUAUUUCAACUGCACCGGGGGUCUCUGCGGCUUUUUCAAUGGGAACAUCAGCGAUGAAUUUUGCUUGCCCAACGGGAAAUGCACGGACAACCUGGUGGUUUUCCUGGACAGCUGGACGACCUUUGAUGAGAUCUGCAACGGGGAAUGCGGAGACCUCCUCAAGGCCUGCAACAACGAUUCGGAGCUGCUGAAGGACUACCGGAGCCGGGCGAAAUGUGGCAUCAUCAACGACCCCACCAACAGCUCCUUCCUGGAAUGCCACUCGGUGGUGAACGCGUCCGCCUAUUACCGAACCUGCCUCUUCCGCUUGUGCCAGAGUGGAGGGAACCAGUCCGAGCUCUGUGAUUCGGUGGCUCGCUACGCCAGCGCCUGUAAGAAUGCCGAAGUGGAAAUCGGCCAGUGGAGGAGCUUCAGCUUUUGCCCUCUCACAUGCCCCGAGAACAGUCACUUUGAGGAGUGCAUGACCUGCACGGAGGCCUGCGAAAGCCUGGGAGCGGGGCCCGUGUGCCUGGACAGCUGCGUGGAGGGUUGCCAGUGCGACGAGGGCUUUGCCCUCCAAGGCACUCAGUGCAUUCCCCGGAGCGAAUGCGGCUGCAUCUUCGAGGGCCACCAGCUGUCGACCAAUCAGUCCUUCUGGAUGGACAUCGACUGCCAGUACUUCUGCUACUGCAAUGGCUCCGACAACAGCGUGCACUGUGAGAACAUUCCCUGCAAGGAGGACGAGUAUUGCCUGGAAGAGAGCGGCCUCUUCUACUGUCAGGUCCGCACGGACGCCUCCUGCAUCGUCUCUGGUUAUGGCCAUUACUUGACCUUCGACGGGUUUGCCUUCGAUUUUCAGAGCAGCUGCCCCCUGAUCCUUUGCACGACCGUCUCUCGCCAUAGGUCAGAGAGAGUGGAGCCAAUCCCUGAUUUUACCGUCACCGCCAAGAACGAGGACCGGGACCCCUCACUGGCCUUGUGGGUGAAACAGGUGGAGGUGGAAGUCCUCAGUUACAACAUUGUCAUCCACCGGGCCUACAAAUACACCGUCCUGAUUAACAACGAGCGCCUUUACCUGCCGUUGAAGUUGGGCCAAGGGAAAGUGAACAUCUUUGCCUUCGGUUUCCACAUCGUUGUGGAGACUGACUUUGGUCUGAAGGUGGUUUAUGACUGGAAGACCUUCCUCUCGGUCACCGUUCCCCGGAGCCUCCAGAAUGGCACGUACGGUCUUUGCGGACGAUAUAACGGCAACCCGAAUGAUGACCUCCAGACGGCCACCCGGAUUUUGGCCUCCAGCAUUUAUGAGUUUGGCCUCAGCUGGGCCAAGCGAGAUCCCUUCUGUCAGGUGGGCUGCAAUGACAAGUGUCCAGCCUGUGGCAAGGUGGAAGGCUUCUGGAAGCCCCAGCAGCUAUGCAGCCUGAUCCCCAGCAAGAGCGGCGUCUUCUCCAGGUGCCACAGCAAAGUCAACCCCAGCUUCUUCUACAAGAACUGCUUGUUUGACACCUGCAUCGAUGGUGGAGCCGUGCAAACCGCCUGCAGCUGGCUGCAGAAUUACGCCAGCACUUGCCAAACCCAGGGGAUUGCCGUCACGGGUUGGAGGAAUUUCACCUCUUGCUCGGUCAGCUGUCCUCCCAACAGCCACUACGAGAGCUGCGUGAGCGUGUGCCAGCCCCGCUGCGCUGCCAUCCGGCUGAAAAGCGACUGCAACCAUUACUGCGUGGAAGGAUGUCAGUGUGACCCGGGCUACGUCCUCAAUGGCAAGAACUGCAUUCUCCCGCACAACUGCGGCUGCUACUCCGAUGGCAAAUAUUAUGAGCCCAAGCAGCUCUUCUGGAGCAGCGAUUGUACCCGCCGUUGCCGCUGCUUCCGCCGCAACCUCAUCCAAUGUGACCCCCGGCAGUGCAAAUCGGACGAGGAGUGUGCCCUCCGGAACGGAGUCCGGGGCUGCUUCACCACUAAGACGUCCUACUGCAUUGCAGCGGGUGGAGGAGUCUUCCGCACGUUCGAUGGUGCUUUUCUCCACUUCCCGGCUAACUGCGCCUUCGUCCUCUCCACCAUCUGCCAGAAACUCCCUGACGUCUCCUUUCAGCUCAUUAUCAACUUUGAUAAGUGGUCUUCCCCCAACUUGACUAUCAUCUCACCUGUUUACUUCUACAUUAACGAGGAGCAAAUUCUUAUUAGUGAUCGUAACACUGUCAAGGUGAACGGAACACAGGUGACUGUCCCCUUUGUGACUGGCUUGUCAACCAAAAUAUACAGCAUGGAGGGUUUCCUGGUAAUUGAUACCAGCCCCGAUAUCCAGAUCCACUACAAUGGCUUAAACGUCAUCAAAAUCAGCAUUGGCGAGAGGCUGCAAAAUAAAGUUUGUGGCCUGUGUGGGAAUUUCAACGGGGACCGCACAGAUGACUACGUCACCCUGCGGGGGAAACCGGUGGUGAGCAGCGUGUUCUUGGCACAAAGCUGGAAGACCAAUGGCAUGCAGAAGAGCUGCAACGAGCUCCAGUAUUCCCAGUACGCAGCUGCCUGCGACAACGUCAAGAUUCAGGUCUUGCAGAGCGACCACUACUGCCUGAAGCUGACUGACAUGAAGGGCUUCUUCCAGCCUUGCUACGGACUGCUGGACCCGUUGCCUUUUUAUGAGUCCUGUUUCCUCGAUGGCUGCUACAACCAGAAGAAGUACCAGCUUUGCGGCUCCCUUGCAGCCUAUGGAGAGGCCUGCCGUUCCUUUGGGAUCCUCAGCACCGAGUGGAUUGAGAAGGAGAAUUGCUCAGGAGUGGUUGAAGAUCCCUGUGUCGGGGCAGACUGUCCCAACAGAACCUGUGAAGUUGACAACGGCGGAGAACUUUGUGGCUGCAUCGAACCACCACCGUAUGGAAAUAACACUCAUGACAUCCUGGAUGCUGAAGUGACCUGCAAAGCCGCGCAAAUGGAGGUGUCCAUCUCGAAGUGCAAACUCUUCCAGCUGGGCUUCGAAAGGGAAGGAGUGCGCAUCAACGACCGCCAGUGUCUCGGCAUCGAAGGCGAAGAUUUCAUCUCCUUCCAGAUCAAUAACACCAAGGGCAACUGUGGAAACAUAGUGCAGUCCAACAGCACCCAUAUAAUGUACAAAAAUACAGUCUGGAUCGAAAGUGCCAACAACACAGGAAAUAUCAUCACCCGGGACCGAACCAUCAAUGUCGAGUUCUCCUGUGCUUAUGAACUUGACAUAAAAAUUUCUUUGGAUUCCGUCAUUAGGCCUAUGCUCAGCGUGAUUAAUCUGACAGUGCCUACUCAAGAAGGAAGCUUUACGACCAAGAUGGCGCUGUACAAAAAUUCCUCCUACAAGCAUCCUUACAGGCAAGGAGAAGUUGUGUUGACCACACGGGAUGUCCUUUAUGUUGGCGUCUUCGUCCUCGGGGCAGAUGCCACCCAUCUGAUCCUUAUGCUGAACAAAUGCUAUGCGACGCCUUCACGAGAUAGCAACGACAAGCUCAGAUACUUCAUCAUUGAGGAAGGGUGCCAGAAUCUGAAAGACAACACCAUUGGGAUCGAAGAGAAUGCAGUUUCACUGACCUGCCGUUUCCACGUGACCGUCUUCAAGUUCAUUGGGGAUUAUGAUGAAGUUCACCUCCACUGCGCUGUCUCACUCUGUGACUCAGAAAAAUAUUCAUGCAAAAUAACUUGCCCGCAGAAUAGCAGGAGAGCCAGUGAUUAUAAAGAUCCCAAUGAGCAGAUCAUCUCUGUGGGGCCAAUCAGGAGAAAACGUCUAGAUUGGUGUGAAGACAAUGGCGGCUGUGAACAGAUAUGUACAAGCCAAGUGGAGGGGCCACUGUGCAGCUGCGUAACAGGAACAUUGCAGGAAGACGGGAAGAGCUGCCGAGCAACCAGCUCUUCAACUGGACCUCAAGCUGGGCUGCUUCCACUCCUUGUUAUCCAGCUAUUGUUAUGGUGUUUCAUCUACAAAUCAAACCCAACCUCAUAAUUCAUUCCUGACUUCUGUCUCAAGUACUGUAAUUUACUUUCACCCUUCUGAGUCCCUGUAGGAUAAACGCAUGCAACCCUAAACCCAAACUGCUGUCAAUCAUCACCAUCUGCAACCACAACCAUUUUUCUAACCCAUAGCUGCGCUGGAGUCGUUAGACUGUUUCUGAACAGUCGUCGUGCUGAAGGAGGCGUGGGCAGCCAAAUCUGGGGGAAAAACUUAACAGGGCCCCAAACUCGCCUAAGCUAUCAGGGAUGCGACUGACGCAUAACUACCGGUUGAUCUUGUAUCUUCCCCUUUGGGUCUCCCGUCUGAACUUCAUUUUUAGAGCAAGAGGCAUCAACUCUUGACUUUUAAAUGUGGGAGGAAUACAUUUCAUCUGCUUGCCUGCUUGUUACCUGAUCAUGGAAGAAAAGGGUGGAAAAAGACAUGAAGUAGUUCACAGUCUGGCGCCCUGAAAUUUGAAAAUCAUUUUGUGUCUCCUGUUUUGAAGGCCUUUCAUGUUUAGGUUUUAGAUCUCAGUCUAGCCAGUUUGCCCUUUGGUGCCAUUGCUACAAAUCUUGGGCAUGCAAGAGGAAAAAAAAACCAUUUUAAAUCCUGUUUGUAAGAAUGGUGUCCACAGUUUACAUCCAUGGCUGGGAGGGUCUAAAGGGAUUGGUGGAUGUGGGACACCUUAUGUGUCUUGGAAGAAUUCACUGCUUCUGGGGGGUGGAACCCUCCCAGUCUCUCUAACGUAGAGUGACCACAGCAACAACUGAAGAUACGACUUAUGCAGUUCAACAUUUUGUAAUAAAACUAGUUCAAUAAUCAACAAGCAAUUCUGUUCUUGAGUUUGGGGCAGCCGGGUUCCUCCUGAUAUAUCUACUCAACUAGCUUAUGCAUUGGGAGACGGGUUUGGUUCCUUGAUGGUGGAAGCCCUGCCGGAUUUGGGACAACUCAUGGUCAUACAAUCAGAUUUCAGUGUAGAAGCAUCUCCAUUGAAAGAGGAGGCUCCAGUGCCACCUGUGGCAGAGAUAUCAAAACUUUGACGCGCCGUGAGUAUAUCCACAUUGCAGGAUUCCAGCCGUUUCGUGUUCUCGGGGCAACCAGGACAAGCCAUUCUGUAACAGAGAUGGAAGUAGGAUCUCUAGCAAAGAAAAUCUCAUUUCCUUGCCAACUUUAUUUCACAGGAUUCUUUGGAGGAAGCCAUUUCACUUCAAGUGGCCACUAUAGCUUUCUAGUGUAGGAAAAGAUCAGUUUUUCAGCCUGAGCUACUCUCCCUUUUAAUUAUGCUCACAUGUUGCCCUUUUAACUAAGUAAAUAGCUCCAUAUUCGAGGGGGGUGGGUGGGUUUGGACUGCUGGGACAUGUCUUAUUCCUCCUUUGAACCAAUCUUGGUGAGUCUUCUGUUUCCUUUUAUUAUACCCUCAGCCAAAUAAUUUAAACAUGGUUUAUUCUUGAAUAAAACUUUGUGUUCAAA